CUACGUACGUGGUGCCCGGCUGUCUGUAGGUACCAACCUUACCAAACUCAUGCGAGUCAGUGGGUAUCAACUUUAUGCUCUGCAAGGCGCGGGGGUUCCUUGAGAGUUUGGGAGCAAAACAGAGUAUCCGUCUGGAAAGACCCUCUCUCUGUCUGGCAGCCUGCAGGUUGAUGGAUCUCCCUCGCUACUCUCUGACUCCUCCCCCAGCCUGCCUGUGGAAUCUGGCAUCCAACACCCCAGCCUUUACAAUAUAGAUGGAUACCCGACCGAAUGUAACCCCCCAGAUUUGUGCAAACCCCCCUGAACCAUUGCUUUCACCUCCAAUAGAUAACAAUCACUUGGUUGACGCGUG